UUGUAAUUUUUUCUACCUUUUUUUUUUCUUAUUCUCGUCCUAGAGCGCGCCAAUGCCAGAGACCACGCCGAAAAAGAGGAUUUUUUUCCCUUGAGCAUGAAAAGGAUUGCCAAACCAUCCGCAAUCCAACAUCACCGACUGAGCCACCAGCAUGAACACUGGAUACAUAUGCUACAGCAGAAGUUGUUGGCUCGACAACUAACAAACCUUGGACCGCAGCUACCGCGAAGAGGGGAGAGUCAGUUUUAGGUCUCCACAGAAUGGAGCGAGAAUGAACAGAGAGCGGUUUAAGAAAAAGCAUGAACUGGAGGUUUAUUGAGGUCAUCUGCUUCCUGUUUAUAUGGGACCAUAUAACAGUUCAGUCUUCCCGCCAGGAGCGCCAGGAGCCAUCGGCCACUGAGCAACAUGUCACUAAACAGUAUGACUGGCUCAUCUCAGACCGGGGACCUUUCCACCACUCCAGGAGUUACCUGUCCUUUGUGGAGAAAUUCCACCAGGGAUUUACGACCAGAUAUAAAAUUUAUAGGGAAUUUGCACGUUGGAAGGUGAGGAACACGGCUAUAGAGAGGAGGGACCUGAUCCAGAACCCAGUGCCGCUGAUGCCGGAGUUCCAGCGCAGUGUGCGUUUGCUUGGCCGCAGACCUACCACUCAGCAGUUCAUCGACACUAUCAUUAAGAAAUAUGGGACCCACAUUCUCAUCUCAGCCACACUGGGAGGUGAGGAGGCUCUCACCAUGUAUCUGGCCAAGAAUAAGCUGGACAGGAAGCUUGCCAAUGCUACACAGAACGUGGAGGCCCUCCAUCAGCUGGCCUCAUCUUACUUCAUCGACCGGGAUGGCACCAUGAGGAAGCUGCACGAGAUCCAGAUUUCGACUGAUGCCAUUAAGGUGACAGAAACACGGACUGGGCCACUGGGCUGCAGCAGCUAUGAUAAUCUGGACUCCGUCAGCUCCAUCCUCCUGCAGAGCCCCGAGAGCAAGCUUCAUCUGCAAGGACUCCAGGUGAUUUUCCCAGACUACCUACAGGAGAAGUUUGUCCAGUCCGCUCUGAGCUACAUCAUGUGCAAUGGUGAGGGCGAGUACCUGUGCCGGAACAACCAGUGUAUCUGCCAGUGUACGGAUGAGUACCCACAAUGCAACUGUCCCAUAACCGACAUCAAGAUAAUGGAGAACACCCUGGUGGCCAUGUCUGAGACUUGGGCCUCUUCAUACAAAGACUUUGAAAACUCUGAUGAGUUCAAGUCCUUUCUGAAGAGGAUGCCCUCCACUCACUUCCUGCCCAUCAGCAGCGUGCAUCUGCUCUGGGGCAGUGACUGGGACCUGCAGGCUCGCUACAGGCUACUUCAGAGCUCCCUGGAGAUCCAGAGGCUCAAAAUCCACCGAACUGCCCGCAAGCUGUUUAGUCUGAGCAUCCGCUGUCACCACAACCCUAACCACCAGAUGCCUAGGGAGAGGUCUGUGAUGCAGUGGCUGAACCGCGUGCAGUCCUUCCUCUACUGUAAUGAGAAUGGUUUCUGGGGGACCUUCCUGGAGAGUCAGAGGACCUGCGUGUGCCACACAGGGGUCACUCUGUGCCAGCGCCCCAUCCCUUGUGUCAUCGGAGGCAACAACAGCUGUGCCAUGUGCAGUCUGGCCAACAUCUCACAGUGUGGCUCCUGUAACAAGGGCUAUAAGCUGUACCGCGGCCGCUGUGAGCCUCAGAAUGUAGACUCUGAGCGCAGUGAGCAGUUUAUCAGCUUUGAGACAGACCUGGAUUUCCAGGACCUGGAGCUCAAGUACCUGCUCCAAAAGAUGGACUCUCGUCUCUAUAUACACACUACCUUUAUCAGCAAUGAGAUUCGCCUCGAGACCUUCUUCGACCCUCGGUGGCGUAAGCGCAUGUCCCUCACUCUUAAAAGUAACAAGAACCGCAUGGACUACCUCCACAUGAUUAUUGGCCUAUCAAUGAAGAUUUGCCAGAUGCGAAACAGCAGCAUUGACCCCAUGUUCUUUGUGUAUGUUAACCCCUUCAGUGGCAGCCACUCGGAGGGCUGGAGCAUGCCGUUUGGUGAGCAUGGAUAUCCCCGAUGGGAGAAAGUGCGGCUGCAGAACUCACAGUGUUUCAACUGGACACUGCUGUUGGGAAACCGCUGGAAGACUUUCUUUGAGACAGUCCACAUUUACCUGCGUAGUCGCGCCAAAAUUCCCACUGGUCUCCGCAAUGACACAGGCCAGGGCCCGGUGGACCUCGCCGACCCAAACAAACGACAGAUUUAUAUCAAAAUAUCCGAUAUCCAGGUGUUUGGCUACAGUCUACGCUUCAAUGGAGACCUGCUCCGUAGCGCUGUGCAGCAGGUAAACCAAUCAUACACACAAGGAACUCAGUUCUACUCCUCCUCCUCUGUCAUGCUCCUGUUACUGGACAUCAGAGAUCGGAUUAACCGCCUUGCCCCUCCGUCUGCACCCGGGAAGCCCCAGUUGGACCUUUUCUCUUGUAUGCUCAAACAUCGGCUCAAGCUCAACAACAGUGAGAUGAUCCGUGUGAACCAUGCCUUGGACAUGUACAGUACAGAGAUACUCAAACAGUCCGAUCACCUAACAACUAAACUCUGUUAAAGGUUAACAGCAAAAUAGACUAAAAACAUGAAUCUAAGGGAAUAUUCAUCUGAAUUUUGGUUCUUUUUGGACUUUUUCUGCCUUUUGAUGUAAUAUUAACUUUGUAAGAAUAAUUCUUAAAACAAAAAGGAACAUGCAGUGAUGAAAGCAGUUGAGGCUGACAAAGAAGAUAAUGGAUCCACUUUAAAGACUGUACCAUAUUUGUCCCAGCAUGUCUGUCAUUCCCCUAAAGAAACUAAAAAGAGAAAAAAAUAUGAAUCCAUUUACUGGUGAAAAGAGGCCUUGAUUUUACUCUGAGGGAUCAAAGGUUUUAUCUGAAACUGCCAUUCUUAUGAAAUACAAACAUUUUUAAAGAAAAAAAAACAGGGGCAGACCAGAUAUCCUUUAUUUCGACUCAGCUGUUUCCCAACUGAUGGACUGUUUAAUAUUAUUAAUGUUUAUAUGAUGUAAGGAUCACAUAGCCCAAAUAAUCACAAUAGAAACUCAACUUCAAUUGAAAUCUGAGUCUAUGUUGCCCUUUGUAAGUUACCAAACACAUAAGGCACACAAAAGGCAGUAAUGCAUAGUCAUGUUGAAUAUCAAAGCCAGCUGUUUAUAUCCACAUAUAUAUGUG